CUCGUCCGAUGGGGAGAAAGUUUCUGCGUAAAUACUCCCAAAGUCGACCUGGACAUGCAUUCGUUGUCACUUGCUGCUUGACGUGGCUUCACGAAAACGGCGUCCCUGUACCUCUAUGUGGUCUAGAUCAUGCGAAGCCAAGUACGCCACCACCGUCAACGAAACUGAUUACUGAGCGAUGGCGAGCGGUGCUCUGAAAUAAGGGUGCUGACCUUUAUUUGUUUGAUGACUGGUCCCGACGAAGAUGCGGAGGUUGCUUGCUUUGGUCCCAGGAAAAUCGGAAGUUUGAUGGGUUGCCAGAGACUCAUUAUGUUGCUGUGACCGUACAAUCGCAUUCCGGCUGGCUCUACUUCUAGGCAUUAGCAGAGUUGUGCCUCCUACAGCCGCUCUUCUGCCUGCGAUGUUCCUGACGUUCUGGCUCAGUUAUCCACUCCUCAUUGCGGAAGACGCAACAACCACUAUCCCCCUUCCAAUAAUCUGUCAUCGUGACCAUAUGGUGCCGUCCUCCCCAUCAAUCUACAUAGUAUAGAUCCAUCGCUUUGAAAAGGGACGCCCAGCGCUUCAGAUGCAAGGACGCCGGGAACUCUCAUCUGCAGCGUUCGGCAGACCUUCUGAUCCCCUGAUCGUUUCCUUCAGCUUCUUCGCAGGAAUCUCAAAGGAAUCCAAUCGUGCCCCUUAUAUAGCCAAUUCCCCUUCGGAUUUAAACAUGUAGAAGGCCCUUCUCCCCCUCCGUCGACGCGGUUGUCGCUCACUCCUGUAGCAUACUGUAUAUUCCCCCGGGCCUACCUGCGUCCGUCCUGAGCCAUGGAUUCUCCACUCGCCCACAUGUCAAUCCCACAAAUCCUAGGAGGACUUAUUAUAGGUAUCGGCGUCGGCUUAGUUCUAUAUGGGGUCACCAUGACCCAAGCAUACGUUUACAUGCUGAACUGCGAGAGUGAUCCAAAGUGGAUGAAGCUCCUGGUUGUCCUUGUCUGCAUCUUAGAAACGGUUCAUACUGCGUUUAUCUUCCGCCAACUUUACAACUACUCUGUCAGCGCGAUCGCAAACCCUCUUGUUCUUGGUAAUAUCGACUGGAGUGUUGGGGCCACUCUAUUUUCUUCGAAUGCGAUAGCAACCCUGGUGGAAGGCUUCUAUAUUCGGCGUCAAUGGAUUUUGAGCAGGAGUUACAUCUUAACAUUGGGAACCGCCUUGCUCCUCCUUGUUCGUAUCGGUGUUCACAUAGCGGUCAGCAUCGAGACAUAUCUUUUCCCCACUUGGAACGACUUCCAUCAAAAGCAUUUCCUCAAUAUCCUGGUACAAUCCACGCUAGCGUUGACCGCAGGAGUUGAUGCUGUCGUCGCUGCAUCAAUGGUGUAUUUCCUUCGCCGCGAAAAAGGUACUCAUACAGGGGCGAAAGGAAUCAUCACCUGGAUGAUGAUGUAUGCUGUGCACAGUGGCCUGAUCUUGAUGGCGGCUUCUUUGGUGGUGGUCCUCACGUUCGUGACCAUGAGUGACAGUCUGACAUUCGCAGGGUUCAUAGCAAUCAUCGGAAAGCUGUACUCCAACUCCUUGCUUGGAACGUUGAACGCAAGACAAGUAUUCCGAUCCAAAAACUCUGACCCAGUUGUCAAACUCAGUUCUAUGGGUUCAAACGCAAUAGAACUGUCAGGCUUUCAUCACCGUAGUCUGCCUUCUCAGGGGGUUCGAGUCGAUAUUACGCAGGAAACAAGCACCUAUUAAGUCCCACCAUGAUGCUUAGGUUCUCAUCCAAAAGGCUUCGUUUAUUUACUUUGUGUGCUCUGGGGCCGGUUCUGUGUACACCCAUGUAGACAGCACGUGUUGCAUUCCUUAUAUACGCUCGUUUCAUUUGACGCUAUCGUCUAGGAAGGAGUGAUUGACACUCCGAGGUGUGUCUCUCACGUGAGUACAAUAUCUUAGUGGACAUAAAUGCUUCAACAAGGC